GAAACCUCAACUUCUGACUCGAUUUUGCGCAUGCAUGAUCAAACUCAAGUUGCGUGUUGCUCAGACUCGUUCUUUGGUUUGACUGUUUCAGAUGUCAUGUCAAUCUAGAGGUGUCGACAACUGAUUUCUCCUGUACUAAGAUCAUCUAAAAAUGAUUUAUGAUUACUUACUUUAUCAUUCUUUCAUUUCUCUUACUUGGUUGUGAGUGUGUCAGAGAGUGUAUCAAACACGAUUAUGAAUACUUAGACGCUGCUUGCAAGAUCGAAAAGCCGUUACCUGACCAAGGUUGCCCUCCAGAAAGCUGGUUCUUCAAAUCUCUAACUGGUUUACACAUACCAACUUUUCUGGAAUAAAUCGCUCUUGUUGAGUUAAGUUAAGAGGAUCUUGUUCUUGUUGAAGUGAAAUAGUACCUUUUGUGGGUUGUUUGAUGUUUGUUUCUGUGGACUUCCGACCACGUGCAUUGAUCGGC